AGUGCCAGGCCAGAGCGGGAGUGGCCCCUGGAUGCAGCCAAGGUCUACAUGGGCAUCAAGAAGAAGCUGAAGCCACCAGCACAGUGGGGUUUCACCCUCAGCCUGGACAAGCAGCAGCUGUACUUGGUGUGCUCGGGGCAGGCUGAGCUGUGGGACUGGACCACCAGCAUCCUCAAGGCUCAGCACGAUGACCUGCGCCCUGUGAUCCUGCGCCGGCGCUCCUCCUCCGACCUGGCCAAGCAGAAGUUUGGCACCAUGCCUCUGGUGCCCCUGCAUGGGGACAGCACCGAUGCCACCAUGCUCUCUGCCAACCAGACCCUGCGCCGGCUCCACACACGGAGGACUCUGUCCAUGUUCUUUCCCAUGAAGAUGCACCAGGACUCCUUGGAGGAGCAGCAGGAGAAGGAGGUGGACACUGAUCCUGUGUACGAGGAGGUGGGCAACUUCCCUGAGCUGGCAGGGCUGGAGCUGGGGCAGGGCCUGCUGGCAGACCUCUCGGCAGUGCCCACCACGGACAGGUCCAAGGAGCUGAGCCCCUUCCCUGAGCAGCCCCCAGGCACGGCGCUGCGCUCCUCCCUGCCCGCCAGCCCCGCCCGGAGGCUGCCAGGUCCCUCUGUCACCAAAGCCCUGUCCCUGGAAAGGGGCCUGAACCUGGAGAGCGACAAAGCCACCUCCCAGGGGCUGCGAGCCACCAAAACAGCUUCCCUGGAGAGGGACAGGGAGCCGUCCCUGCUGCUGGACUGGGAGGAGGCAGCCGCCGCCGGGAGCGGGGCCGGCACGGAUAGCUCGCUGGAGACGCCCAGGAAGAGGAGCGUGCAGCCUUCCUCCCCCAUCAGCGACAAACUCAUCCAGGAGCUCAGCAGCGUCAUCCUCAGGAAGAACGAGGGCCAGCCGCCGGUGACGUGAGCUCCUGUGCCCGAGGGGCAGCCCCCACCCCGGGGGUCAAGUCGUGCCCGGUGGCAGCGCCCAUGGGCACCCUGCGGAGCCCUCUCUCCUCCUCCUCCUCCUCCUCCUUCUGACCCCGGGCUGGGAGCAGCGACCGGUGAGGACCGCGGGGGGGAUGCAUGGGGACCAGGCUGCCGAGCUGAGGUCCCCCCACCUUGGAGGACCACUGGGGACCCACUGGGGACACUGCCACCUGCUCUGGUGGGUGGCACCUCGGGGCCAGGGCCCUGCGCCAAGGGCAGCAAGCAAAAGGGACACUGAAAGCAGAGCCCUGGUGCCCACUGGCUUUGGCACCGUGCUGGGCAGCAGGGGGACAGGGUGCCAGCGUGGGGGGACACAGCAGGAUGUCCCCUUCCUAGAGCUGGGGGCAGGCCAAGCAAGCCAUGCCUCACCUUCUUGCAUCUCCCAUGGUGGAUUUUGGGGUGUGGCAGGGGGCAGUCAAGAGGGGCAGGGCAGGGCUGGCCAUGUGUGCCCAGAGAGUUGCCCUGGUGAUGGAGGACAGCUCCUGCCCAGCUGAGGGCUUCACACCUGCUCCUGCCACCAGCAAGGACAA